AUGGGGCUCCUCUCCGGGGUGGCUCUGGUCCUGCUGCUGCUGCCGAGCACACAGUCGGUCUACAUCCACGUGAUCAGGGGGCCCUGUCCAUGGGGGAUCUGGACUUCCCAGGAGGACAGGAAGAAUCUUGAGGACCGUCAGGGCCACAGAAGCCCCAGAGCCUGUGGCAGCACCUACCCAGCCCAGGGUUUGCUGAGUCCCACUCCCCACCCAUCCCCACCCUGCCUCCAGUACAAGGGCUUCAAAGUGCAGCUGGAAUCCGUGAAGAAGCUGAUUAACCUAGAAGAUGACCAGGUGACCACUGACAAGAACUUCCCUCCCCCCAUAUGCCGCCACCCAGCGCUGCCCCUCGACCUUCAGCCUGUCUGCACCUCACAGGAGGCGGUCAGCAUCUUCAGCAGCUUAAGGUCCAUUGCCAUGGACAACUGUGAGCUGUGCGUGAACGUCGCCUGCACCGGCUGCUUCUGACAUGGCCUGAGUGCCCCGAACUUACCCUGGACCCCUGGACUGUCCAUCCUCUGCCUUGGCAGCACUCAGCCCCGUCCCCUGUCAGACUCUCCUGGCCACAAAGGGAGAGCAUUGCCUUCCCAGGGCCCAAGGUGCAGGAAGGCAGUCCUGCUUCUGAAUAAAGGUUUUAUGCAGCCCACA